GGGGCUUUGCCAAGCGUUCCAUUCAUUUCCCGGCUGCUGAGCGGGGCCGCGGAGACGCGGGAGAGGCCGGGGGCCGCCGGGAGGGCGCAGGGGGCCACGCCGGGCCCGGGGCUGGCGCUGGGAGCCGCGAGGCCUCCCUCUGACGGGCCGCCAUGGCCACUCUGGAGAAGCUGAUGAAGGCAUUCGAGUCCCUCAAGUCCUUCCAGCAGCAGCAGCAGCCACCACCGGCGCAGCCUCCGCAGCCGCCCCAGGCGCAGCCGCCCCAGCAGCCGCCGCCACAGCCACCCCAGCAGCAGCAGCAGCAGCAGCCGCCGCCACCGCCGCCGCCGCCGCAGCCCGGGCCGUCCGCGGUGGAGGAGCCGGCGCACCGACCAAAGAAAGAACUUUCAACUACUAAGAAAGACCGGGUUAAUCAUUGCCUGACAAUAUGUGAAAACAUAGUGGCUCAAUCUCUCAGAAAUUCUCCAGAAUUUCAGAAACUUUUAGGCAUUGCUAUGGAACUCUUUCUUCUGUGCAGUGAUGAUGCAGAAUCGGAUGUCAGGAUGGUAGCUGAUGAAUGUCUCAAUAAAGUUAUAAAAGCUUUGAUGGAAUCCAAUCUUCCCAGGUUACAGUUAGAGCUGUAUAAGGAAAUAAAAAAGAAUGGUGCUUCUCGAAGUCUGAGAGCUGCUCUCUGGAGGUUUGCUGAACUUGCCCAUCUUGUUCGACCUCAGAAAUGCAGACCAUAUUUGGUAAACCUUUUGCCUUGUCUGACUCGAAUAAGCAAGCGAACAGAAGAAUCUGUACAAGAGACUUUGGCAGCUGCUAUACCCAAAAUUAUGGCAUCUUUUGGCAACUUUGCAAAUGACAAUGAAAUUAAGGUUUUAUUAAAAGCUUUCAUAGCCAAUCUCAAGUCAAGUUCUCCUACGAUACGGCGAACAGCAGCUGGAUCAGCAGUGAGCAUCUGCCAACAUUCGAGGAGGACACAGUAUUUUUAUACCUGGUUACUUAAUGUACUUUUAGGCUUACUAGUUCCUGUUGAGGAGGAGCAUUCUACUCUUUUUAUUCUUGGAGUAUUGCUCACAUUGAGGUAUUUAAUCCCCUUGCUCCAACAGCAAGUCAAGGACAUGAGUUUGAAAGGGAGCUUUGGUGUCACACGAAAAGAAACUGAAGUCUCACCUUCUACAGACCAGCUCAUCCAGGUAUAUGAGUUGACUUUGCAUUACACCCAGCACCAAGACCACAAUGUUGUAACUGGAGCAUUAGAAUUAUUACAACAACUUUUCAAAACACCUCCAGCUGAGCUUCUUCAAGCCCUGACCACUGCAGGUGGUAUUGGACAGGUCAAUGUGACCAAAGAGGAGUUUAGUAGCAGAAGUCGCAGUGGGAGUAUUGUGGAACUUAUAGCUGGAGGGGGGUCUUCAUGCAGCCCUGUUCUUUCAAGAAAACAAAAAGGUAAAGUGCUCUUAGGAGAAGAAGAAGGCUUAGAAGAUGAUCCAGAAUCAAAGUCUGAAGUUAGCAGCACAACAUUUGCAGCCUCGAUGAAGAGUGAAAUCACAGGUGAAUUGGCUUCUUCAUCAGGUGUAUCAACUCCUGUCUCCACAAGUUCAGCUGCUGAUUCCACAGGUCAUGAUAUCAUCACUGAGCAGCCCAGGUCACAACAUACUUUACAGUCAGACUCUGUUGAUCUGACUGGCUGUGACUUGACAAGUGCAGCCACAGAUGGGGAUGAAGAGGAUAUGCUUAGUCGCAGCUCAAGCCAAAUCAGUGCUGUACCAUCUGACCCUAACAUCGACAUGAAUGAUGGGACCCAGGCUUCAUCACCAAUUAGUGAUAGUUCACAGACAACUACAGAAGGUCCAGAUUCAGCUGUGACCCCUUCAGACAGUUCGGAAAUUGUAUUAGAUGGUGUUGAAAGCCAGUAUUCAGGAAUGCAGAUUGGACAGUUACAGGAUGAAGAUGAUGAGUCAUCAAGUGUUCUCCCUGAUGAGACUUCAGACAAUUUCAGAAACUCUUCUAUUGCACUUCAGCAGCCCCAUCUCCUGAAAAGCACGGGACAUAGCAGACAGCCAUCUGACAGCAGUGUUGACAAAUUUUUAUCAAAAGAUGAAACUGUGGAGCCAGGUGAUCAUGAAAACAAGCCUUCUAGAAUUAAAGGAGAUAUCGGACACUUCACUGAUACUGAUUUGGCACCUCUAGUCCAUUGUGUUCGGUUGUUAUCUGCUUCGUUUUUGCUUACAGGAGAAAAAGGUGCCUUGGUUCCAGAUAGGGAUGUAAGGGUAAGUGUGAAGGCUUUGGCAGUAAGUUGUGUUGGAGCAGCUGUGGCCCUUCAUCCUGAAUCUUUCUUUAGCAAACUUUACAAAACACCUCUUGAGACCAUGGAACACACAGAGGAUCAGUAUGUCUCAGAUGUCUUGAACUAUAUUGAUCAUGGAGACCCACAGAUUCGAGGAGCCACUGCUAUCCUUUGUGGGACCAUUAUCUACUCCAUUCUUAAUAAAUCUCGCUUUAAUGUGGAAAACUGGUUAGCAGCUGUCAGAAGUUCAACAGGCAAUACCUUUUCCCUGGUAGACUGCAUCCCUUUAUUGCAGAAAACUUUGAAAGAUGAGUCUUCUGUUACUUGCAAGUUGGCUUGCACUGCUGUGCGGCAUUGCAUUAUGAGUUUAUGCAGCAGUUGCUAUAGUGAAUUAGGAUUACAAUUGAUCAUUGAUGUCUUGACUCUGAGAAAUAGUUCCUACUGGUUGGUAAGGACAGAACUUUUGGAUACUCUUGCAGAAAUUGACUUUAGGUUAGUUAGCUUUUUGGAGGCAAAAGCAGAUCAUUUACACAAGGGGUCUCAUCAUUAUACUGGGCUUUUAAAACUUCAAGAUCGAGUGGUCAGUAAUGUUGUUAUCUACUUACUUGGAGAUGAAGAUCCCCGGGUGAGGCACGUUGCUGCAUCUUCAUUAAUAAGGCUUGUUCCAAAGCUGUUUUAUAAUUGUGACCAAGGACAGACUGAUCCAGUUGUAGCUGUAGCAAGAGACCAAAGCAGUGUCUACCUGAAACUUCUAAUGCAUGAGACUCAACCUCCCUCUCAUUUUUCAGUCAGCACCAUCACAAGAAUAUACAGAGGCUACAAUUUAUUACCGAAUACAACUGAUGUGACAAUGGAAAAUAACCUUUCUAGAGUUAUUGCAGCAGUUUCCCAUGCACUGACAACAUCAACUACAAGGGCACUUACAUUUGGCUGUUGUGAAGCUUUGUGUCUUCUUUCUACUGCCUUUCCAGUCUGCAUUUGGAGUGUGGGAUGGCAUUGUGGGGUUCCUCUCCUGAAUCCCUCAGAUGAGUCUAGGAAGAGCUGUACAGUUGGAAUGGCUACAACAAUUCUCACCCUGUUGUCCUCAGCCUGGUUCCCCCUGGAUCUGUCAGCGCAUCAAGAUGCAAUCACUUUAGCUGGGAAUUUGCUUGCAGCUAGUGCCCCCAAAUCUUUGAAAAGCCCAUGGACUACAGAAGAUGAAAGCAAUCCGGGAGCCAUGAAACAAGAAGAGCCAUGGCCAGCUUUGGGAGACCGAAUGUUGGUUACGAUGGUAGAGCAACUCUUUUCUCAUUUGCUGAAAGCCAUUAACAUCUGUGCUCAUGUGUUGGAUGAUGUUACUCCUGGGCCAGCAAUAAAGGCAGCCUUACCCUCUCUAACCAACCCACCUUCUCUAAGUCCAAUCCGUCGUAAAGGAAAAGAAAAAGAACCAGGAGAGCAGACCUCUGUACCACUGAGUCCCAAAAAAGGCAAUGAAGCUAGUCCAGCUUCUAGGUCUUCUGAUCCCUCUGGACCUGCUAUAACAAGCAAAUCGUCAUCUUUGGGAAGUUUCUAUCAUCUUCCUUCUUAUCUCAAGUUGUAUGAUGUUCUAAAAGCUACUCAUGCUAACUACAAGGUUACAUUGGAUCUUCAGAAUAGCAAUGAAAAAUUUGGGGCGUUUCUUCGGGCUGCCUUGGAUGUCCUUUCACAGCUUCUUGAACUAGCAACCCUGCAGGAUAUUGGCAAGUGUGUUGAAGAAAUCUUGGGAUACCUGAAAUCCUGUUUCAAUAGAGAACCUACAAUGGCUACUGUUUGUGUUCAACAGUUGUUGAAGACUCUGUUUGGGACAAAUCUGGCAUCACAGUAUGAUGGCUUAUCUUCUAAACCCAGCAAAUCUCAAGGAAAAGCCCAGCGUUUGGGUUCUUCUAGCUUGCGUCCUGGCCUUUAUCAUUACUGCUUCAUGGCACCAUACACGCACUUUACACAGGCCUUGGCUGAUGCUAGUUUGAGGAAUAUGGUCCAGGCAGAACAAGAACAUGACACUUCUGGGUGGUUUGAUGUGCUCCAAAAAGUGUCUACACAGUUGAAAACCAACCUUACAAGUGUGACAAAACACCGUGCAGACAAGAAUGCUAUUCACAAUCACAUUCGUUUAUUUGAGCCUCUUGUCAUCAAGGCUUUAAAACAAUACACCACAACAACAUCUGUGCAAUUGCAGAGACAGGUUCUAGACUUACUGGCACAACUGGUUCAAUUACGAGUUAACUACUGUCUUCUGGAUUCUGAUCAGGUGUUUAUUGGAUUCGUGUUAAAGCAGUUUGAAUACAUUGAAGUGGGCCAGUUUAGGGAAUCAGAGGCAAUUAUUCCGAACAUCUUUUUCUUCUUAGUAUUGUUGUCUUAUGAGCGCUAUCAUUCAAAGCAGAUCAUUGGAAUUCCUAAAAUCAUUCAGCUCUGUGAUGGCAUCAUGGCCAGUGGGAGGAAAGCUGUAACACAUGCCAUACCAGCUCUACAGCCCAUAGUUCAUGAUCUCUUUGUAUUAAGAGGAACAAACAAAGCAGAUGCUGGAAAAGAGCUGGAGACGCAAAAAGAGGUGGCAGUGUCCAUGUUAUUAAGACUUAUUCAGUACCAUCAGGUAUUAGAGAUGUUCAUACUAGUCCUCCAGCAGUGUCACAAGGAGAAUGAAGACAAAUGGAAAAGAUUAUCUCGACAAAUAGCUGACAUCAUCCUUCCAAUGUUAGCAAAACAACAGAUGCAUAUUGAUUCUCAUGAAGCUCUUGGAGUAUUGAACACUUUAUUUGAAAUAUUGGCUCCUUCAUCCCUCCGUCCUGUAGACAUGCUGUUACGAAGUAUGUUCAUUACUCCCAAUACAAUGGCAUCAGUGAGUACUGUUCAAUUGUGGAUAUCAGGCAUCCUAGCUAUUCUGAGAGUGCUUAUAUCCCAGUCAACUGAAGACAUUGUUCUUUCCCGGAUUCAGGAACUCUCUUUCUCUCCUUAUCUAAUCUCAUGUCAGAUAAUUAAAAAAUUAAGAGAUGGAGGUAGUAGCUUGCCAACACCAGAAGAUCAAAGUGAAUCGAAACAAGUCAAAUGUUUGCCGGAAGAAACAUUUUCCAGAUUCCUAUUACAGCUGGUGGGCAUUCUUCUGGAGGACAUUGUUACAAAACAGCUGAAAGUGGAGAUGACUGAGCAGCAGCACACAUUCUAUUGCCAAGAACUGGGUACGCUGCUGAUGUGCCUGAUACACAUCUUCAAGUCAGGAAUGUUUAGGAGAAUCACUGCAGCUGCCACUAGACUCUUUACAGGUGAUGGUGCUGAUGGCAGCUUUUAUACCUUGGAAAGCCUGAGUGAAUUGGUACGGUCUAUGAUUCCUACACAUCCUUCUUUAGUGCUCCUGUGGUGUCAGAUUCUACUGCUUGUCAACUAUACCAACUACAACUGGUGGUCCGAAGUGCAUCAGACACCAAAAAGGCACAGUCUUUCCAGUACGAAGCUACUCAGCCCUCAGAUGUCUAGCGAUGGUGAGGAUCCCCACUUGGCAUCCACACUUGGCGUGUGCAAUAGAGAGAUAGUACGAAGAGGCGCACUCAUUCUUUUCUGUGAUUAUGUUUGUCAAAACCUAUAUGAUUCAGAACAUUUAACCUGGCUUAUUGUGAAUCAUAUUCAAGAUCUGAUCAGUCUCUCCCAUGAGCCUCCAGUACAAGACUUUAUUAGUGCAGUCCACAGGAAUUCAGCUGCUAGUGGGCUUUUCAUCCAGGCAAUUCAAUCUCGCUGUGAAAACCUUUCAUCUCCAACAACCCUGAAGAAGACACUGCAGUGCUUAGAGGGGAUUCACCUCAGCCAGUCGGGUGCUGUGCUCAUGUUGUACGUGGACAAGCUUUUGUGUACGCCAUUCCGUGUGCUGGCUCGCAUGGUUGACACGCUUGCUUGUCGUCGAGUAGAAAUGCUUUUGGCUGCCAACUUACAGAACAGCAUGUCACAGUUACCUGUGGAAGAACUGAAUAGAAUUCAGGAAUAUCUUCAAAAAAGUGGAUUAGCUCAGAGACACCAAAGACUCUAUUCCCUGCUGGACAGGUUUCGUCGUACAGUAGCACCAGAGACAGCUAGCCCUUCUCCUGUAGUCACUUCACACCCCCUGGAUGGGGAAAAUCACUUGUCACUAGAGAUGAUAAAUCCAGACCAAGAUUGGUAUGUGUCUCUAGUCAAAUCUCAGUGUUGCACUAAGUCAGACUCGGCACUGCUGGAAGGUGCAGAGCUGGUAAAUAGAAUUCCUCCUGGUGAACUGGCCUCCUUCAUGAUGAAUAAGGAGUUCAAUUUAUCCCUCUUAGCUCCUUGCUUAAGUCUUGGCAUCCGUGAAAUCUCCGGCGGUCAGAGUAGCAGCCUCUUUGAGACAGCCCGGUCAGUGACCCUGGACCGUGUGACCAGCCUGGUGCAGCAACUUCCACCCAACCAUCAUGUUUUCCAGCCCCUUUUAGCCAUUGAGACCUCAGCCUACUGGAAUCAGCUAAGCGAUCUCUUUGGAAAUGCUGUGAUUUAUCAGUCAAUUACUACCCUGGCCUGUGCCCUUGCUCAGUACUUAGUACUAUUUUCUAAAUUACCAAGUCAUCUUCAACUUCCCCCUGAAAAAGAGAGGGACAUUCUGAAAUUUGUCGUGGUGGCACUUGAGGCCCUGUCAUGGCACUUAAUACAUGAGCAGGUGCCAUUAAGUAUGGAUCUGCAGGCUGUCCUGGAUUGCUGCUGUCUAACAUUGCAUCUGCCUGGUCUUUGGAAUAUGUUGUCAUCAGUAGAGUAUGUCACCCAUGUGUGCUCCCUAAUUCACUGUGUUCGAUUUAUUCUAGAAGCAAUUGCAGUUCAACCUGGAGACCAACUUCUUAGCCCAGAAAGAAGGAAGAAUGCUCCAAGAGGAAUCAGUGAAGAUGAAGUUGAUUCUGAUGUGCAGGUUCCCAAGUAUAUUACCACUGCUUGUGAAAUGAUCGCAGAAAUGGUGGCAGCAUUGCAGACUGUGUUGGCUUUGGGUCACAAGAGGAACAGUGGCAUUCCAGCUUUCCUUACUCCCGUACUGAAAAACAUCAUCAUCAGCCUUGCUAGACUGCCACUCGUCAACAGCUAUACCAGAGUGCCUCCCUUGGUAUGGAAACUAGGAUGGUCACCUAAACCCGGGGGGGAUUUUGGCACAACACUUCCUGAAAUUCCUGUAGAAUUUCUUCAAGAAAAGGAGAUCUUUAAAGAGUUCAUCUAUCGUAUUAAUACUUUGGGGUGGACAAGUCGUACUCAGUUUGAAGAAACCUGGGCGACCUUGCUUGGUGUCCUUGUAACUCAGCCUAUUGUAAUGGAUCAAGAAGAAAGUCAGCAGGAAGAAGAUACCGAGAGGACCCAGAUCAAUGUUCUUGCAGUACAAGCCAUCACGUCCUUGGUGCUAAGUGCAAUGACCCUUCCUGUGGCAGGCAAUCCAGCAGUGAGCUGCCUGGAGCAACAACCCCGGAACAAAGCCCUUAAAGCUCUGGAUACAAGGUUUGGGAGAAAACUGAGUAUUAUCAGGGGAAUUGUAGAGCAAGAAAUUCAAGCGAUGGUUUCAAAAAGAGACAAUAUUCCCACACACCACUUGUACCAGGCGUGGGAUCCUGUCCCAUCUCUAUCUCCAGCUAUGUCAGGUACCCUUAUCAGCCACGAAAAGCUUCUGCUGCAGAUCAACACUGAACGAGAAAUGGGGAACAUGAGUUACAACCUAGGACAGGUAUCUAUACACUCUGUAUGGCUGGGAAAUAACAUCACCCCUCUGAGAGAAGAAGAAUGGGAUGAAGAUGAAGAAGAUGAGGGUGACAUUCCUGCCCCUUCUUCACCCCCAACAUCGCCAAUAAAUUCCAGGAAACACCGGGCUGGAGUUGAUAUACAUUCUUGUUCGCAGUUUUUGCUUGAAUUGUACAGUCAGUGGAUACUCCCAUCGAGUUCAGCCAAAAGAACCCCGGUCAUUCUGAUCAGUGAAGUAGUGAGAUCUCUCCUGGCAGUCUCAGACUUGUUUACGGAGAGGAAUCAGUUUGAGAUGAUGUACUUGACACUGACUGAGCUUCGAAGGGUGCAUCCUUCUGAAGAUGAAAUUCUCCUUCAGUAUUUAGUGCCAGCCACUUGCAAAGCAGCCGCUGUUCUGGGCAUGGAUAAAGCUGUGGCUGAGCCAGUGAGCAGGCUGUUGGAGACCACACUCCGAAGCACCCAUUUGCCAAGCAAGAUUGGAGCACUGCAUGGCAUCCUCUAUGUGCUGGAAUGCGACCUACUUGAUGAAACAGCAAAGCAGCUCAUUCCAAUUAUCAGUGAUUACCUCCUUUCUAAUCUCAGAGGAAUUGCUCAUUGUGUGAAUCUGCACAGCCAGCAGCAUGUCCUGGUGACCUGUGCUGCUGCCUUCUACCUUAUGGAGAAUUAUCCCCUGGAUGUAGGCCCAGAGUUUUCUGCUGCAGUAAUACAGAUGUGUGGGGUGAUGCUCUCUGCCAGUGAAGAAUCUACUCCAGCCAUUAUUUAUCACUGUGUCCUGAGAGGCUUAGAACGACUUCUUCUUUCGGAGCAGCUCUCCAGGCUGGAUGGAGAGUCCUUAGUUAAGCUCAGCGUUGACCGAGUGAAUGUGCACAGCCCUCACCGAGCGAUGGCAGCCUUGGGCUUGAUGUUAACUUGCAUGUAUACAGGAAAGGAGAAAAUCAGCCCUGGCAGAACCUCAGACCCCAACCCCACUGCCCCAGACAGUGAGUCUGUUAUUGUUGCAAUGGAGCGGGUAUCUGUUCUCUUUGAUAGGAUCAGGAAGGGAUUUCCCUGUGAAGCCAGAGUGGUGGCACGGAUCCUUCCUCAGUUUCUAGAUGAUUUUUUCCCUCCCCAGGAUGUAAUGAACAAAGUUAUUGGAGAAUUUCUAUCGAACCAGCAACCAUAUCCACAAUUCAUGGCAACUGUUGUAUAUAAGGUGUUUCAGACGUUGCAUACCACAGGACAAUCAUCUAUGGUCCGAGAUUGGGUGAUGCUCUCUCUCUCAAACUUCACUCAGAGGACCCCCGUUGCAAUGGCUAUGUGGAGUCUCUCCUGUUUUUUCGUCAGUGCAUCCACUAGUCAGUGGGUUUCAGCAAUCCUUCCACACAUCAUCAGCAGGAUGGGGAAGUCGGAACAAGUGGACAUUAAUCUUUUCUGUCUGGUGGCCAUAGACUUUUACAGACACCAAAUAGAUGAGGAGCUAGAUCGCAGGGCCUUUCAGUCUGUGUUUGAGGUGGUAGCAUCUCCAGGAAAUCCUUACCACCGACUGCUGACUUGUUUGCAAAAUGUCCACAAGAUUGCAACCUGUUGAAAGUUCCAUGGAGCUGGACAGUGCGGGGAUUGGCAGCUUGGGCUGGAGUCUGGUGUGGACACAAGGCAAAACAUGAGGACCCCUGAUUUCACCCUGGAUGGGAGCUGGGGACGGGUCAUGCAAAAAAAGUAGAUUUGUGGGUUUCAUGAUUCCCCCAUCCCGGUGUUUGCAUCUCUCUUACACUAUAACAGAAGUGCUCAUUUGCAGUGGGGUGGCCGUGGUAAAGGGACAUCAUUCACACACCUCGGGUAAUUUUUGGAAUGGAGACUGAGCUUUUACAAAAACAAAGAGCAAAGCCACCACAGCUGUUUGUGUAACUCUGUAUGAUGUGGGCUGGUACUAAAUGCAAAGUGACCAGGCAUUUAUAUAUUUUUCUAAGUGUUCAGCCUAUUCAUUGUCACUGGGUUGCACCUGAUCCUGAAUCUUUGACAGAAGUACUUCCUUCAUGCAGGUUAUUGAUACUGGACACUUUCACAUUUUUAUGUAGCUAUUAUCUGGUAUAAUCGAGCUUUAGAAAGUGUUUCCUAAUGUCUCUCUCAAGCAGAAAGGAAAAGGAAAUCCCAUUUCCAUGAUUAACACUCCCAGCAUGUAAUCCCUGUCUCUUGGACUUUGGUAGACUGUGGUAUGUGGUGUGGGGGGGUACUGAGGGAGGGGGAUCUGGCCCACACACAGCCAUGAUUUAUUUUUCCUUUUUCUUCUCAGGAUUUAAAAUUUGAGUAUAUCAGUAAAGAGAUUAAUUUUAACUUAAAUAUUUCUAUAUCCAUGUAAAAAGUAUGUACAAUUGUAAAAUCUGUACUGCAUGAUGUGCUGUACUUUGAAAUGAUCAGAAGCCACUUGACUGAAUGUCUUUAUUGCUCCUGUAUUGUCCCUGCUUUCUCUCUGAGUGCAUCUUCUCCCCUUCAUUUUUCACCCAUCCUAACAUGUAAGUCACAUUUCAGUUGAACUUGUCACCUGCUUUCUAUGUUGUCACAACUGGAACCUCUGAGUUUGUGUUCAGAGCGCUGCAUUCAAAUCAUUCAAAAUCAUUUUCCCCACAGUUCAUGAAAACACACACACACAGGAAGGAUCAGAGUCUCAUGGAACUGUUUCGGUACAGAGCAGCUGCUCUUCAUAUUUUCCUCUGACCCAGUUUUCUGUAGGCAAAGAUCACUCCAUAAACCCCCAGCCUCCUAGUGACUGAACUCGGUCUGUUACUCUUUAAUAGUGGUGGCAAAUGUCCGUUUGGAUAGGUGCAGCCGUUAUCUUGGGCCAAGAAGCAGUUUCAUUGGUCCAUUGAGUUAACAGUUCAGGCACACUCAGUACUGCGGCUUUGCCUCUUAUAUUAGAUUCGAUUACUUAAUUAGCCAUCUGUUUUCUAUCUCAGGGUGUGGGUACCCACAAAGACCCCACUAGUAUCUAGGCAAUCUCACUCUUUUAGGAUAGGUCUGUCUUGUUUCCCUUAUUACAUUUUUUUCUGAGCACCUUUAGGGAAGGAGCAAGCUUUCUUGUUUUCUGUACUACUUCCUGUCAUCAACAUCCAUACACAUUUCAGGUCUGGUCCAGAUGUAACCCACAGGCAUAUUCUCAUUUUGUUUCAUGUGGUUUGAGGAGUAAGGUAGGGGUUUCGACUCUAUUAAAAGCCAGCACCAAAGCCAUGAGCCAAAGAGGUUAUCCCCAAAGGCUGGACACAGUAAUUGUUCAUAAAUGAUCUGAGGUUUUGGGGGUUGGGGAGGAAUCGCAUUUCUUGGUCCGUUACUUGGACCAGAUUUCUCUUCAUGGCUGUAAUAGCCAUGUCAUUUUAUUCAAAGUGACUAAGAAGGAUUUACUGAUUUGGCAGAGAGUUGCAGGUUGGAGUUGUGGUGGGUUUUUUUUAUUAAUAUUAUUGUUGUUUUUAUUUGUAAAGAUCAGUGGUAUAUUUGAUUGAAUGAGGAGUAUGCUGAUUUUUCCUCCAUUUAGGCAAAGUAUGUUCCUCAAGGCUACUCCUACUCAUUCCUGCAUUGGUAGUGAGUUUUGUCCUAUGCCCCAGACCCCAAUUAGUUCUUUUAUAUUUUAUUAUAUUUAAAUGGAAGUAGUAUCAAAAUCUGUUUUCCAAAGUUUUCAGGAAAAAGAAAGUCUUCCUUGGAGCACCUUGUUUUUAGUUAACCUUAUAGUAAUAUGCCCUGAAACAACAUUUAAUAGGUUUCUAGACCCCAUUGAAGGGUCUCUACUUACUAGCUCUGUAUUUUUAUAAGCUGAGAGAAAUUCAGAUUGAAAUUGUCUCACCAGCCUACCAAAUUGAGUCCUGGGUGGUGGCCCUAAGACCCACCUCAUCCUCCCUUCAGUCUCUUCCCUGCUAAAAGAGCCCCACUUCUCUUUGUUACAUGAGUGCUACUAGCUGUCCCUUAGCCUAUUUUGACAUUUGAAGGAGGGAAGCCUCUCUUCCUUUAAGGGUCUAAGAAGAGAAACAUCUAGUGGUGAAUAUCAGGCUUUUCCCCUCACAGGGAAACAUCUUUAUCAAAUCAAGACUCAUGAUGUUUUCCUGUGUGUGGCAACAGUGGAGAAUGAUGGAGGUGCAUGAUUUUGCAGGGGACACUAUUAAGUAUUGUGUGGGGGGUUGUUGGGGUUUUUUCCCCUUUUAAUUUUAUCAGCAGCCCUUAAGGCAGGGGAAUAACUUCUCCUCUGUUAGUUUUGGUCUCCCACUUGGCAGACAUGCUUUCCCCAUAAAAAGCCAAUGCUAAGUGGUUGUGAAGAGUCAUAAUAAUUAUGAAUAUUGGCAAAGUUCUAGGAAAGAAGGCUUAUGAAUCUUUGGGGCCCUUCACGUUUGGUCACUGCUUUCUCAUUUAAAAAGUAUAGAACUUAACAUUCAUACUGACUUAAAUAUUUAAAUUCUCCCAUAAUGACACUGGUGAUUUUUGAAGUACAUGCAAUUUAGAACUUUUCCCCCAACUGGAAUUAAAACUGUACGUGCCCAUUCUGGAUAGUAA